AUGUUCCUGAAGCAUAUUGAUCUGACUACUGCACUGCGGCCUUCGUAUCUUCCGGAUGAAGUACUGCUCUUUGUCCAGGACAAUGUUGGCUUGUACGAAGGGAAGUUUAAGCUCCCGAACCAGCAGAAUGGCCAGGUGUAUCUGACAUCUCAUCGCAUCUGCUAUGUUGACAAGGAUGAGCCAAGGAAGUACUCCGCCGCGUUGAACCUGAAGGAGGUGGAUCGGUAUGAGUUCUAUGCCGGGUUCCUCAAGUCAUCGGCCAAGAUCACCAUUGUUCCCAAGCCUUUAAAGCGAUCAACGCUCCAUAACCGCGUUGUGUCCAACACGGGAGUCAACUCAAGAGGGAGCACGCCAUCUCCCGCACCGUCGGACAAUGCUUACACUCCCCCGUCCGGACCUCCGUCAAUAACGGCCGCAACCUGGGUCUGCACCAUUUGCAGCUUCUCAAACCCGGUGCUGAAGGCGGCUAUCAGCACCGAGACUUCAUCAACAACCACCCCGCAAUCAAGCGACCUUUUGACUUUUGAUACUCGUAUUGGCAGUGGUCAAGGAAAACCUGAUACUUCGGUGUCGUUCCAUUGCCCUCGAUGCACUUUCUCAAAUCACCCUUCGCUUCUAUCUUGCGAGAUGUGCGGAGCUCCUUUACUCUCGCAAAACAUACCUUCUUCCAUCUCUAGCUCCGAGUAUAUUAGGACACAGUCCCCGGGUCCAGUCAAGGAUAGCAACAGCAAAACAAGCCAGAGUAGCACAGACUUUGCAGAGAGUGUCAAGAUAUCAUUCCGAGGUGGCGGAGAAAAAAUCUUUUACGAACGACUAAAGAGUGCCAUGACGCAGCGGAAAUGGCUGCUGCAAGAUGCACCUCCCGCUCCAAAGAGCAACCGCGCGAUGGAUGACAGCUCCGGCAGUGGUUCACCAAGCACCCCUGUUCAGAAGACGAAGACAGCGGGCAUUGCUGGUGCAUUCGAAGACCUCGAAGCACUGAUGGCCUCUGCAAAGGAGGUAGUGGCUUUGGCAGAGAGAUUUGCACAGCAGGUCAACGGGGCCAGUGGUGAUGUCACAUCAAAGGACAAUAGCAUACUGGCCGAAUCCGCCCAUCAGCUGGGCUUAAUCACGACCAAGGACAUUGUCGGCGGUGGCAGCUCCGAGUCACUCUACUUCUCUGAGCUGGCCCGCAACUUGGCAGAGUUCCUAACAGACGACUCAAGGGGCGUUCUCAAGCGGGCUGGCGGCAUCCUCACGCUAGUCGAGCUAUGGGCAAUGUUCAACCGAGCGCGCGGCGGCGUAGAGCUCGUGAGCCCGAUGGACUUUGAGAAAGCGGCGCAGAUGUGGGAAGGCCUCAAGCUGCCCGUGCGGCUGCGCAAGUUCCGGAGCGGCGUCAUGGUGGUGCAGGCCCGGGACCGCACCGACGACGCCACCAUCAAGUCGAUCCUGGCCUGGCUGCAGGACCUGCACGAGUUCCCGCCCGACCGGGACGUUGCAUGGGAUUGGCGAGAGUUUGGGCGCGGUGUCACGGCGCAGGAGGCCGCGGAGAGGUUUGGAUGGAGUCUCGGCGUGGCGGAGGAGGAGCUGCUCAUGGCCGAGGAGCACGGGGCCCUGUGUCGCGAGGAGGGGCUUGAGGGACUCAAGUUUUGGAAGAAUUACAUUGGCAGUACUGAUCCGGCAUUGCUGCAGAAGAAGGAGGCGCAGGAACAGGCCGACGCACUGAUACAGCGUUUGAAGGAGACCGGGUUGAUUGGUUGA